GACAUUGACAUUAUUUACAGAUUUAUAUUCACUGUUACAAAACAAAUUUUUGCUCUUUCUUAAAGUAUGGGUAACUUUUUCGGUCGAACGAAUCAAGUGCAAAGACACGAAAUGGACGUGGAAAUAGUAGACGAAUCUUCUAUACAACGAUAUAGAGAUCGCAUCGGACAUCUGGAUGUCGAAAUUAAACAACUGAAGUAUGAAAGUUCCAUAAAGGAUCAGCAAAUCAAGGCGCUCAAUGAUCGGAUCAUUCAGUACGAAACCACAAUUCGUCAGCUGGAACAUGAACGCAACGAAGAUCGCGCCGUUAUUGCUGAGCUUAGACAACAAAUUGAUCGAUUGGUGGUAAACAAUUUCAAUAUUCGUUCGGAAAUUCCUCAAGUCGCCCCGACCUCAGACGAUAAUGACCAGUGCAGAGAAAGUAAACUGAAAUGUGACGUCGUCGUCUCGUUUUUUGUGUAAUUUUGUGUAUUUAUGUUCCGUUUUUCAUUUUUCAACAUUCGGCAAAAAAGUUCACUCUACAGUCAGAGGAAGUAAAAUUUGAGCAUACAAAUACCUCAGUUGCUUAUCAGCUGAUCCGCACAUACAAUCAAAAAUGUUGAUACUUGUUUAUACAGUUGAAGCUGCUAGACGCGUGGUACUGGCAAAACGAUAUAAAGACGUAUAAUCAGUUUUGAUUAUGUGUGUGGAUAAGCUGAAAUACAGUUUGACUUGAAUUAAAUAUCGUAACAAACUAUUGUUAAGGAUUAUGCAUAAUUACUAGUUAAUAAAAAUUAUUAUAAAUU